AUGCUUGUGUACAUAAGGGAGUCUGACUGGGACACCAUUUUCUGUCCAUGCGAAAAGGAAGACAUCGCGGAACACAUUCGGAAUCGCUUGGAGGUUGAACAGCUGGAGCAAGUGAGGAGACAACGGGAGAAGGAGACGGCUCAUUUGUACGUUGUGAUCAAAGUGGCUUGUGACAGGGACUUCCAGAAACAAAUUGGUAGCUCUCAAUACUUUGACUUGGUCAACCUAAAUCAGGUCAAGAGCUACAGGAUACACAAGAAGACCGUGUUUAAGGAAUUUCAACAGAAGGUCGCUGAAGACUUUGGUGUCCAGCCAAGCUGGCAACGCUUCUGGGUGUGGAAGCAGCGGCACAGUGGCACUGUCCGCCCCGACUCGCCACUCCCUUCAGGCGGCAAAAUCGACGAUGUCCUGGACCUUAGAAACUACAAGGACAACUUGCACUCGCCCAACCUUGAACAGGCCACGCUCAUGGCCAUCGCGCUGUACCUUGAGGUGCCAGAAAGCCCCACCAGGCCAAUGUUUGACAUCCCCCCGGACACCGUCCUGCUGUUUUUUAAGCUGUACGAUCCGCACAAGAGGCACCUGUCCUAUGUCGCACACAGGCACGUGCACAAGGCAGAACCCUUCUCAAAGAUCUUCAAGACAGUGGGGGAAUUGGCGGGGUUUACGGAGGGAACUGAAAUUGUGGGGUGUGAGGAAGUUAGUUUCGAGCCAGAGGUGCUGUGCGAGGACCUCCCCGCAGACUCCACGCCAGAAAAGAGCCAGCUCAUAUGCGGCGACGUCAUAUGCGUGCAAAAGAGGCUAACAGACGUGGAAGCCCAUGAGCUCGAGCUUCCGACUGUGCGAGGCUUCCUGGAGAGCAUCUGCAACAUCGUUGAGUCAACUUCAGGCCACUGA